UUUUGUUCUCCUUCCUUUCUCAUCCUCCCUCUCCGAAAUUAGGGUUCCUCUCUGGUCUCCUUCCUUUCUCCCUCUCUCCCCCCAUUUCCAAUCCUCGAGACCAGAGAAACCCCCAUCUAAAGGAUCCCCUUUCGCCAAAGGUCGGUGAUCAGAUCCUUGUGCAAAGAUGGGAGCUUUCGUGUCGAGGUUCUGGUUCAUGCUAUUCCCCGCUAAGGAGUACAAGAUCGUUGUCGUUGGACUGGACAACGCCGGCAAGACCACGACGCUGUACAAGCUUCAUCUUGGAGAGGUCGUCACUACGAACCCUACCAUUGGGAGCAACGUUGAAGAGGUUGUCUACAAGAACAUACGGUUCGAGGUUUGGGACUUGGGAGGCCAAGAACGGCUGAGAACAUCUUGGGCAACAUACUUUCGAGGAACACACGCUAUUAUUGCAGUGAUAGACAGCACUGAUCGAGCUCGUAUCUCCAUCAUGAAAGAUGAACUCUUCAGGCUCCUACAGCACGGAGAUCUUGAACAUUCUGUUGUGCUUGUCUUCGCCAACAAACAGGACCUCAAAGAAGCCAUGUCUCCAGCAGAGAUCACAGACGCACUCUCCCUCCACAGCAUCAAGAACCAUGACUGGCACAUUCAAGCCUCCUGUGCGCUCACCGGCGAAGGUCUAUAUGAUGGCCUGGGUUGGAUUGCUCAGAAGGUUUCUGGGAAGCCCGACUCUUCCUAAACUUUGAUACAUCUGGAGAUGCAUUCUGUUUUCCUUUUUAUGAGCACUAAGCUUGGUCCAAAGUGUGAUAUUCUUUGUAAACUAGCAAUAUGGCGAAACAACACCAGGAAUGUAUUUCCUUUGAACUUUGUGCAAAGAUGAAAAAUAGGGUUUGCAUGUUUUGCAGUGCAUUCAAAAUAAAAGAAAAUAGUUUCUUUUCACUACUUA